AUGGAGGCAGCAAGGUUAUUUGUCCUGCUUUCCAGUUUAUGGAGUGGAGGCAUCGGGCUCAACAGCAUGGAGCCCUCCUGGACUGCACCUGAGGGUGAAAGCUCCCAGAAUGUGACUUCUGCCUCAGUUGCUCCCAACAAAACAGAAAAUUUCCAAGUGCUGCCCACCACUCAGCCCGUGUUAGCUGAGAUCGCCCCAAUUCCUGAAGAGGGAACUUCUGAAGAGACUCUUCUACAGUCAGCAUUGCCCCUCUUAGAGUCAAGUACACCUGCAGAGGGUGUGGGAAACCAGACGCCUGCACCCACAGAGAUGGCUGAAGAAGGAACCGUGAAGUCACAAAAUCCUGCCCUCAGCACCCAGACUAGCACCAAGUUCAACCCCGGAGCAAAGUCGGUGGUCCUUUCCAAUUCUACACUGAGAUUUCUGCAGAGUUUUGCUAGCACAUCAAAGGAGCAAACAGUGUCUCAGAACUUAGCUGGAGGCACGAGAAAUCGGUCCCCCAGGAAAACGUAUCUCAGCGACCAAAGUCAAGGAGCUGGCUAUCAAAAAUCAAGUUUUGAGACAACUAGAGGAAAGAACUGGUGUGCCUAUGUGCAUACCAGGCUGUCCCCGACAGUGGUCCUGGACCCCCUGACCACUUAUGUUCCAGGUAGCAGAAGUCCCUGCGGCUGGACCAGUGGAUUCUGUGCUCAGAGAUCUCAGAAGGUAUCAAAUCCUGUCUAUAGGAUGCAACACAAGAUUGUUACUUCCUUGGAUUGGAGGUGCUGUCCCGGAUACAGUGGGCUAAAAUGUCAGCUGAAAGCCCGGGAACAGCAGCAAUUGACGCACAGCAACCAGGCUGAAAGUAGCGCAGCUAUUGGCAGAGGGACUGGUGAGCAACAGCUACAUCAACAGCAAGACCAUGGUGACACAGCAGUGAUGCAAAAAAUGACCGACCAGAUGAACUAUCAGGCAAGGAAACUGACUCUUCUGCAGAAGCAGAUUGACAGUUUUUCUUUGGCUGUGAAUGAUGUGAGAAACACAUACUCCUCCCUGGAAGGGAAAAUCAGUGAAGAUAAAGGCAAAGAGUUUCAAUCUUUUCUAAAAGGUCUAAAAUCCAAAAGCUUCAAUGAUUUGGUAACAGACAUAGUAAAAGAACAAUUUAAAAUUUUUCAAAAUGACAUGCAAGAGACUGUCGCUCAGCUCUUCAAAACUGUAUCAAGUCUAUCAGAGGAUCUUGAAAACACCCGGCAAUUAAUUAAACAAGUUAAUGAAUCUGUGAUUUCAGCAACAGCCCAGCAAAAGUCAGUUUCAAUUCAAGAAAACAGACCUACUUUGCCUGAUGUAGUAGAUCUAAAGAAUCACAUUGUGGAUGUAAGGCAUGAAAUGACCUUCACAUGUGAGAAGCCAAUUAAAGAACUAGAAGCAAAGCAGGUUCGUUUAGAAGAUGCUCUAGCACAGGAACGCGCUAGGAGCCUUCUGUAUUAUGAAUCCCUCAAUCAGACUCUUUCUAAAAUGAAGGAAGUACAUGAGCAGCUUUUAUCAGACCAGAAGAAUGUGCCAGCUGGUGAGUCAGUUAGCAGUAAUGUCACUGAAUACAUGUCUACUCUAAAGGAGAAUAUGAAGAAGCAGGGUUUGAUGCUGCUGCAAAUGUUUCAUGAUUUGCACAUCCAGGACAGCAAGAUUAACAACCUCACCAUCACUGUGGAGAUGGGGAAAGAAUUUGUCAGGGGUGAGUGUGAUGACUUGUUAUCCAAGUGUAGAAAUGAUUUUAAAUUUCAACUUAGGGACACAGAAGAGAAUUUGCAUGUUUUAAACCAAACUUUGGCUGAGGUUCUGUUUCCGAUGGACAGUAAGAUGAAUCAAAUGAGUGAGCAAUUAAAUGACUUGACACAUGACAUGGAGAUUCUUCAACCUUUGCUCGAGCAGGGAGCAUCUCUUAGACAGACAAUGACAUAUGAACAACCAAAGGAGGCAGCAGUUACAAGGAAAAGGAUGGAAAAUCUAACAAACGCUGUCAAUAGUCUAAAUUUUCUUAUCAAAGAACUUACAAAAAGACACACCUUACUUAGAAAUGAAGUACAAAGUCGUGGUGAUACUUUUGAAAGAAGAAUCAAUGAAUAUGCCUUAGAAAUGGAAGAUGGCCUAAAUAAGACAAUGACUGUUAUCAAUAAUGCCAUUGACUUCAUUCAAGAUAACUAUGUGCUAAAAGAGACUUUGAGUGCUACUAAGUAUAAUCCUGAGAUCCAUGAUAAAUGUACCCAAAAUAUGGAAACCAUUUUGGCAUUUAUUUCUCACUUUCAACGCCUGAAUGAUUCUAUUGAGAUUUUGGUUAAUGACAAUCAGAAAUAUGACUUUGUUUUGCAAGUUGCCAAGGCUCUCGCGUAUUUCCCUAAAGAUGAAAAAUUAAGUCAGUUAAAUUUUCAGAAACUUUAUCAAAUGUUCAAUGAAACCACGUCCCAAAUGGCAAAAUAUCAGCAAAAUAUGAGUCAUUUGGAAGAAAAAAUACUCUUAGCCACCAAGAUUUCCAAACAUUUUGAAACCAAGUUGCAAGAGAUUGAAUCUAAAGUGAUCCAGACACUCAUACCUUAUUAUAUUUCACUUAAAAGAGGUAGUGUGGCCACUAAUGAUAGAGACCAAGCACUUCAACUACAGGUAUUAAAUUCCAGAUUUAAGGCACUAGAAGCAAAAUCCAUCCGUCUUUCAAUUAACUUCUCAUUACUUAACAAAACUCUCAAUGAAGUCUUAAUAAUGUGUCACGGUGCUUCCACAAAUAUAUCAGAACUGAAUGCUACCAUACCUAAGUGGAUAAAAGGUUCCUUACCAGAUAUUCACCUUCUUCAGAAAGCUCUAACAGAAUUUGUGGAACCGAUAAUUGAGGUAAAAACUCAAGCUGCCCUGUCUAAUUUAACUUGGUAUAUAGAUCGAUCAUUGUCUGGUAACCUGGCAAAUGCUGUCAGGUCUCAGAAGCAAGUCAAGUCCUUGUUGAAGAAACCUAAUACACUCAAGAAACCAACAGUGAAUGUUACCACUAUUCUGAUAGGCCGGACUCAAAGAAACACAGACAACAUUAUAUCUCCAGAAGAGUAUUCAGGCUGCAGGAAGUCCCCGUGCCAGAAUGGGGGCACAUGUAUAAAUGGAAGAACAAGCUUUACCUGUGCUUGCCGACAUCCUUUUACUGGUGACAACUGCACUAUCAAGCUGGUGGAAGAAAAUGCUUUGCCUCCAGAUUUUUCCAAAGGAUCUUACAGAUACGCACCGAUGGUGGCAUUUUUUGUAUCUCAUACCUAUGGAAUGACUACUCCUGGUCCUAUCCUAUUUAAUGAUUUGGAUGUCAAUUAUGGAGCUUCAUAUACUCCAAGGACUGGGAAAUUUCGGGUUCCGUAUCUUGGAGUAUAUGUUUUCAAGUACACCAUUGAGUCACUGAGUGCUCAUAUCUCUGGGUUUUUAGUGGUUGAUGGAAGAGACAAACUUGCAUUUGAGUCUGAAAAUAUUAACAGUGAAAUUCACUGUGACAGGGUGCUGACUGGGGAUGCCCUGCUAGAAUUAAAUUACGGGCAGGAAGUGUGGUUACGACUCGUGAAAGGAACCAUUCCAGCGAAGAUUCCCCCUGUCACCACAUUUAGUGGUUACUUACUAUACCGUACGUAAAUUACUAUGAGAGACAAGACUGUCACCUUUACUGAGAAACAGCCAGUGUUUUCACUUGUCUUUGCAUGCACAUCUGCUCUGUUUUUGGUUUUUCUACACGCCAAGAAAGCCAAUUUCUUUUUUUCAUCUGAGCAAACUGUAUGCUUGUUUAUUUCAUAAAGUUAUUUGAAUACUUUUUGCAUAGCCUGUAUGCAAAGGAGUUCUUGCUCUAAAGAAAUUUAGUGACAUAGAAGACAAAGUCAAUUCAUGAGCACAACUAUUCUUAUUUUUGUUUCUCCAUUGUUAGUCAUUUCAGUUUAAGGUAAUAUUACAAAAUAUCAAUCAUGAAUAAUGUUAGUUACAAUAGUCAUUUCAAUAAAACACGUAACU